AGUCUCUGCAAGCCGGUCGCAAGUGCAUUGUGUGUGUACUUUGCUAGCCCCGGUGUCGCGAGCCAACGCGAUUUUCUACCAGUCGUGUCCCACCGCGCUAUCUUCGCAGACGAAAAGUCGCUUAAAGCAUCGCAUUCCUCGCAGACCGAGUUCAGCGACUUUCAAUCUUUUACGUUUUGCGUAUUACCGUCAAUAGAUCGGUGCGUAUCGUGAUUGAUCGGUUGGAUCGUGAAGCAACGAACACGACUAUGGAUGCAGGCGAGCCGUACCUUUUUCCUUAGAAGAAAUUGAAAAACUCUUCGUGCAAGUAGCUAAAACGGUAAAUGGUAUCGGCCUGCAUCCUGUCGGGACGACGCUCUCAAAUACUGAUUGUACAUGUGGGAAAGCGACAUCCUGUGAAUGAUCGAAAGUUUACGUAGAAAUACCGUGACAGCCCAUCCAACAGUAUGGCGUAUGAAAUGUAGAAGUAUCAAGAAUUGAAAGCAGAAAGUAUCACGCAACCAAGGACAGUUGAAUUUCUUUAUGAAUAAUGUAAAAGUAAUCGAAAAAUUUGGAAAUAAAAGUUCGAUCUUCAACAGUGUCAGGGUCCAAUUAUAGACGCAAUUAAAGUUAUGUCAGUACUCUCGGAUGUAGGAUAGACAAAGACUUUCUCCCAACGCUUUCUCUGAAAAAUGCCUGCGAUAAAACUCUUUGGCAGAAAAUGGCUAGCUGCAACUGACGAUCUUGUUUACCCAGGUUUCUUUGAAAUUUUCGUUCGAGCCAUUUGGUUAUGCCUAAUUGUAAUUGCUUCUGUCAGAUAUUACGAGUAUACAUGGAGCUGUCAAUUAGGCGGAGAAUUGGUUCGCGUGUACCUCCUAGGAGAAGUUGCAUUUCUUGCCGUAUCUAUACUUUUCAUGCUCAUCGUUAUAAAACUCAGCUCAAAAGGUUCUAUCAUGGAAACGCACGCUCGUAAAUAUGUUGAACCGCUCUUGACAGUUAAAAUAUUGUUUCUGCUGCCUGAGAUAUCAUGGAACAUUUUAGGAAGUUUAUGGUUGUUCGGGCCAUAUGUCAAAUGUGAUUAUGAACAUUACACGAUGAAGGUAACUCAGGCGUUGGUAGUUUUUGACUGGAUUCUCAUAGGUCUCGCUAUUUUGGGCCUGUUAGUGAUCUUCGAUCCAUUAGGUUCAUUAAGUAACAAACAUUUGGAAAAUUUGGACGAACAUGGCAAGAUCUUAAAAAUUUGGCAACGGAGAUUCAAGUUUCUCUGGUGGAUGAGAAAAGAUGAGAACUGUAGCGUGACUUUUCAAUAUGUUGCUGGUUUGCUAACCACUUUAUUCCGUGGAACGGAUUUGAUUCCUUCAGAUGUUAUGGCAGGUCUUAUCCUGCUAAGAGUUCAGCAAAAACGAGAAACGCAUGAAUUACGGCAGCGAAAUUUCCUUCCGGUUCCAAAAUAUACCUCCAAUGCAGCUGUAAUAUUUGAAAAUACACCAAGUUGGAUGACUUUAAAAAACGCGUCUCAUUAUAUGAAACUUUCAAUAGCCUGUUAUGGAUGGUUACUUGCCAUGUAUUUACACAUAUACACCGGAUGGUUUCGUGUUCUAUCGAAUAUGACUUGUUGCGCUUGUUUUCGAAGAAAACGUACCCUAAUUAAUGGCGAUAAUUGUUGCUAUUGCUAUUUAGCUGGUAUAAAAUCAUUAUCAAAUAUAUCUACAGAUGACAUUCUAUAUGCAUCAUUUAAAAACUAUUUGUGCGAGAUACCAUUCUGUGUAAUAACGGAUAAGGAAACAAAUAAUAUUGUCAUUAUUGUACGAGGUUCUCUCUCGUUGCGCGAUAUCAUAACUGAUAUUACUGCAGAUUCUGAAGUUUUUAUAUGCGAAGGUGUUCCAUUAAAUGCUCAGGCACACAGAAGUAUGAUAACUGCUGCUAGAAUAAUUCUGAAGCAAUUAGAUGACAACAAAGUUUUAGAACGAGCAUUCAAUACAUAUCCUCAUUACAAUUUAGUUCUCACAGGUCACAGUCUAGGUGCUGGCAUAAGUAUUCUUUUAGCAUUUUUAUUACGUCCACGAUAUCCAUCUCUGAAAGUCUAUGCAUUCGCUACACCAGCGGGUCUCCUCUCAAGAGAACUUGCCAGAAUAACGGAAGAAUUCGUUUUUACAGUAGGGGUUGGAGAUGACUUCGUGAUGAGAUUGAGUGUUGAAAGCACUGAAAACUUACGAACAUCUUUACUUAGGGUACUUCAUGCUUGCCGAUUACCUAAGUAUAGAGUAGUGUUAAACGGACUGGGUUAUAUGUUAUUCGGCAUUCCUGAAAAAGACCUUGAAAAAACAUGGAACAUCGAUAUAAUUAACACCGUAUCGGGAGCAACACCUUUACUCAAUAAUCGAAACUUAAAUUCAAUAGAGGAGAAUAGAAUAUAUGAGAGAGAUGUUACGAAGAGGAGAUAUUCUAAAGUAAGAUUAUAUAUAGGUGGUAGAAUUCUUCACAUAGUUAGAUGCAAGCCUGAAAGCUCAGAAAAUGAAAGCAAAAAACAAAACAAGGAGGAACAGAAAUUUGAGAUGCGAUGGGCACAGCCAGAAGAAUUUUCAGAAUUACUUGUGAUGCCGCGAAUGUUACUGGAUCAUCUACCAGAAAAUAUAGAUAAAACCAUAACUACGUUGUUAGAACAACAAAAAUAGUUACCACAAUAUGUGCUUUGAUUCUUGACAUUUAACAGAUUUAAAUAACGUACAGAAAAUUGUACUCUAUUGUAUUAUAAAGAAGUCUACUUUAAGUAUACUCUAACUCUAAAUAUUUUAUAAACUAAAUUAAACAGACGUUGUAUAUAUACAUCUUAAAAAUAUAGUAUGAUGUAAGAUAUUCGGAUAUCUAACAACUUCCAUUUCAAAAAUAUCUGGAAGAUAUUGCGACAUUAUGAACUUAGGUUGCAAAUAUUUUAUUUUUAAAAUAAUUAGUAGAGAUGGUGCUAGUCCACAAGAUUUUUAACGUACUCUCUUUUACUUACUUUAAGUUUCAACAUUUUUUAUUGUUAAAGACGUCAAGCACAAGAAGUUUAAAGAGAUCAAAAAGUAGGAACCAUUGGUUGAAAAUAUCUUAGAGAUAUUUAUGUAGUAUUCGUAAUAUAAUUAUUAUAACUAUAAUAUUAUAACAUCGUAGAUAAAAUAGAUUAAUUAUACAGUAGUAGUAUGUUUAUUCAUUUAGCAAAAUAAUAAAUAGCUGGGAAAGUUUUA